AUGGCCAUAACGCUAGUUAAAGAGUUUCUUUCUUCCGUGACAUUUGUCGACGAGGCAGACAGCCAGGAGGAGGAUAGGGACCAAGAUAUCCACGGUAAAAAGAGCCCAGAUGUUGCCGACGAACCAGAGCAAGAAAUGGUGGAGAGUGACAAGGGUAAUGAGACUGAGGCGGAGAGUGGGGGAAAUGAAGAAGCCGAGGAAGAGUGUGAAGAGGAAGUAGAGGGACAGGCAGAAGUCGUGGAAGAAGGUGAAGAGGAUGAGGAAGGAAGUGAAGAGAAGGUUGAGGAACCGAAGAGUGAUGAUAAUCCGGUAGGGAAGAAAGAAACACAGAGGCAGGGACAGGUGGAGGAAGUUAUGGUGGCCACGAAGCCGCGAAAGUUGAGAUCUGAUCCCAAGGCGAGCGAACAUACAACCAAACCAAUAAAGGUGCCUUUCCCUCAUGAGGCUGAAGAGGAUGCGAGGGAGGAAGAUAGAGACUCAGAGGAGGGCAGUGCUGAGGAGCCCAUUUAUUCACCGGAAGAGGUGGUAGUCACGAAGAAACUUCUAGGAGAGAUGGCCUAUUUCAGUGAUCCUAAGAAGGCCAGGACGUACGCUGAACGUGGAACGAAGGGGAAGCAAGCCAAGUCAGGGAAGAGCUAUCACCCUGAAUCCUUUCAAGAGAUCGAGUCAAAGGAAGAAUUCCUCUCCUACAUCAAUGCAAUCGGGUUUGAAUGGCUGCUGAGCCAUAGCACUGUGGAGGUGCCAGUGACCCUUGCUAAAGAGUUCCUCACAUCAUUCAACUUCAAGUCUACCACGGACGCAGCAGGCAUGGGAGCCCAUCACUCACAAGCGUUGGGGGCGUUUCAAGACCAGCAUAUCAAGGGGAGCCCACAUCACCAACCACCUCCUCCGCUUUGCCCAGAUAUUCAUCGGCUAUAA